UACCUACCGGUAUAUGUUUUUCACAGUUAAUUUAUGUCUGGAUAACAACCUAUUUAGUGUUUACUUGAUUCUUAUUAUUAAAUUCGAAAACAUCAUGACCAGUCCUGCCAGAAUCAAUUCCGCUCAGCUAGCCCUGACGGCAUCACCAACAACUUAUUCCGUUCCACAAAUUGGAGGAUCAUCUGGACAACGCUGCUUCACAUCAAACACACAUGAGAAAGCAGUUCUUGUUGGUCUCAAUGAAAUGAGAGUUGGCGAAUCUUUGUGCGAUGUACAACUGGUUGUUGAUGAAUAUAAGUUUAAUGUUCACAGAGUAGUUCUUGCCUCUUGUAGCCCAUAUUUUCGUUCCAUGUUCACUUCAGAGAUGAAAGAAAGUCGACAAGAUGUUAUUACUUUGAAGGGAUUUAGUGGAAUUGGACUUCAACACGUACUCAACUUCAUUUACACUUCAUCGGUCAAUUUGGAUGUUCAAAACAUGCAGGAUAUUUUGUCUGCAGCAAAUCUAGCUCAUUUCACACAAUUUGUUAGAACAGAAGAGUUUUUACGACUUUCCGAAGAUGAUGUGUGUAAAUUGCUUUCAAGUAACAAUAUCAAAGGCCACAAUGAACUUGAUCUUUUUCAAGCUGCUGAUCGAUGGUUGACACAUGACAAUGCCAGGCUUACUAAUGUCUAUCAUGUAAUGCAGAACAUCAGAUUUCAACUCAUUAGCCCAGAGGAUUUAGAUGAACGAGUUCAAUCAACAUCUUAUAUGCAAAAGAAUGCAGAUUGCAUGAAAUUGCUUUUUGAGGCUUCAAAGUAUCACAUGUUACCUCAUAAGCAGCCAUUACUGACAUCUGCAAGAAUGUGUGUUCGAUCAGUUACUUCGUGUUUAGUUGCUUUAGGAGGAAAAGAAUCAACCAAUUCAGUUUCCAAAGAAGUUCAGAUUUGUGACAGAGACCUUGGAAAAUGGUUACGUCUUGGUGAAAUGGAUGUACCAGCCUAUUGUCAUUGUGUUGCUGUUUUGAGUGAUUUCCUGUACGUUGUAGGAGGACAGGAAAUGUUUGAUAAUAAUGGAAACACAGCAAUGGCAAAUGUGUAUAGAUAUGAUCCACGUUUCAAUACUUGGUUAAAAAUGACGUCAAUGCUUGAAACAAGAACAGAUUUUGCAGUUUCAGUUAUUGAUGGAUGUCUCUAUGCGGUGGCAGGUAGAAACAAUACUGGUCCGCUAUCCUCAGCAGAGCGAUAUAGAGUUGAUCGCAACAAGUGGGAACCUAUCGCAGAUCUGCCCCACCCAGUUUGUGCUCAUGCUGGUGCCCCAUGUAGCGGGAAGCUAUAUGUUGCUGGUGGGUUUGCAUCAGAUGGUUUCCAACGAGGAGUAUAUUGCUAUGAACCAAAGGAGAAUAAAUGGGAGCCAAAACCAAAGUUAAAAACAGAACGUGGGCUACAUUGCAUGGUUGCAUAUAAAGAGAGAUUGUAUUGUAUUGGUGGCAACAAUAAAACAAAUGGAGCAAGAAGAGAUGUGCUUAGUACUGAAAUGUUUGAUAUUAACACGGAGCAGUGGAGUGAUGUUGCCCCUCUUUUUGCUGGCCAAAGUGAAGCGGGUGCAUCAUUGGUAGAAGGUAAAAUUUAUGUUGUUGGUGGGCAUACCUGGCGUGAGCGAAAAGAUGUACGGACUGUAGCGUGUUAUGAUCCGGAUAGAGAUGUUUGGGAAAAGGCUGUUGAUUUUCCCGAAGCUUUAACAAGUGUUGCAUGUUGCGCAAUGCGGAUUCCUGCAACUCUUCUUGCUGAAUUGGCCCAACAGCCCCAACGGGCAUAUAACACCAACACAAAUAUAUUACAAAUGGAGGAAGAUAUGGAAUUAAUAUAGCAUUUUGAUAUUUUCACUCAAAAGUUAAAGAAUAUUGGUCUGUGGCCUAUGAUAACAGACUUGUGUGAGGAUGCAAGAUUAUGUGAUAGAAUGUAAAAGAAUGAUGUCCAUUGGAUUGCAGUUUAAAAAUCUCUUCACAAGUCUCCACCUUUAUUAGAUUAAUAACAGAGAAGAGUGGCUUAGGUCAUCAAUAUCAUGACACGCACAUGUUGCGUUUAAAUUUUGUAAAAUUAAAAAAAUCGUCAUUUUGUUGAUUCUGUUGCAUAUAAGAUAUAUUUCAUUAUUUUGUAGGUGAAACUUGUGAUAUUAAAUAUUGAGAAUCUGAUUUAACAAUAAUUUACCACAGCUAUUUUAUAAUGUUAUGGUUACCGACUAUUCUGGAAUUAUAUUCUGGUCUCAAAUAUUUUAAAUUGUUGCAAUGCAUAGAGAAAUGUUGUUAUAUUCCAAUUUUUAUUUUGCUAUAAAUCAUUAAUCUUUGGCAGGUUUACUAGCGAGAUAGAAGUUGAACUGUUUGGGUAAUUCUUGUUGACUUAGACACUUAGUAUUCGUUUUUGGUUAUUUUAAAGCCAUGCCAUUUAAAACCCCAAAAAAUUGAAAAAUCUGAAAUAAUCAAUGUUUGACUAACCCAUGCUCAUAUUUGAAAAGACAACUUAACGAGCUGGUGAGAAAAACUCUAGUUCAAAUCUUUAUGAUUCAUUGCAAAAUUAAAUAGCUUUAACCUUGUAUAUGAAAGCCAUUCUGACAGAUUGUUAUUGUUGCUCUACCUGGUUUUCGUAUUUUCUUUCUGUCCAUUUUUCAACAUUAUUUACUGUUUCUUAGUUAUGCCUGAGUAUGUUAUUUGAUUUACUUCGGGCAAAAUAAAAUUUUGACUUUGGUCAUCGAUCGCUUCGAUCUAGCCCAGUCUUUUAAUUUUAUUUUGAUAAGAGAGCUACCAGAUCAUUACAUUGAUUAUAUCUGUAUAUUCAUAUCAAAGUUAUUGUGGUGAUUUUUUUUUACCUCUAGUUGUUUUUUGCUUGGCAUCGCUUGUUCAUUAAUAUUUAAAUGCCCUACUGCUCUGUUAUUUCCUCUUUUUUCCAAAAUUAUAAUAUCCAGUUAGAAAUUAUUUUUUGCAACUUAUAAGCAAUAAAUAAUAAACCUUGCUGUGACUCUG